CCGGUGGGGAGGCGGGGCCGCGCCCCGCGCCGUCUUUGUGCUCGCCGGCAGCCCCGGCAGCGCCGCCGCCUCCCGCCGCCUCCCUCGGCCCCGCUCGGCGCGGCGGGCGGCUCCGCUCCGCUCCGAACCGCUCGGCCCCCGCUCCGCACCGCAGCGCUCCGCGCCGCGCUAUGUGUGCCGGCGCUCCCGUGCCUCCUCGCGGCCGCUUCCCACCCGGCGGGGCGCGCUCGGCCCCGCUCUGAGCGCGGCGGGGCAGGGGAGCGAGCGGAGCGGAGCCCGGACGGUGCCGCCCGGCGCGGGGCGAAGGGAGCGCGGCGCCAUGCGGGGCCCGGGGCUCGGGCUGGGGCUGGGGCUGCUGCUGGGCGCGGCGUGGGUGGCGUGCGGGCAGAACGAGACGGAGCCCAUCGUGCUGGAGGGCAAGUGCCUCGUGGUGUGCGACUCCAACCCCACCUCCGACCCCACCGGCACGGCGCUCGGCAUCUCCGUGCGCUCCGGCAGCGCCAAGGUCGCCUUCUCCGCCAUCCGUAGCACCAACCACGAGCCCUCCGAGAUGAGCAACCGCACCAUGAUCAUCUACUUCGACCAGGUACUAGUGAAUAUCGGCAGCAACUUCGACUCGGAGCGGAGCACUUUCAUCGCGCCCAGGAAAGGGAUUUACAGUUUCAAUUUUCACGUGGUGAAAGUGUACAACAGGCAAACCAUCCAGGUGAGUUUGAUGCUAAAUGGGUGGCCAGUGAUUUCUGCCUUUGCAGGGGACCAAGAUGUGACCCGAGAAGCUGCUAGCAAUGGAGUCCUGAUUCAGAUGGAGAAAGGAGACAGAGCUUAUCUAAAACUGGAGAGAGGAAACUUGAUGGGAGGCUGGAAGUAUUCAACAUUCUCUGGAUUUCUAGUGUUCCCGCUUUAAAUCACUUCUCAUCCAAGAAAAGGGAGAAAUCUCUUACAAAUUCCCAAGUCAGAGCUGGGUUUGAAGAAUCAUGGACAGCAGACUUUUUACAUUCAAAUAUUAAAGAAGCUUAAUCCUGCUUAGGUUUGUGUACAUCUGCUUUGAAGAAUUACUACUUAUUUUUGUUGUGUUGCAGCCAACAGGCGGGAGACACUAUAAUUGAUCAAACCCCCAUUUAUAUUCUUCUCUCUCCUCCCACAAAAUUAGUUCCCAUCUCUGUGUCAUUGGUGUAAUCUGCCAUUGUUCCCCCAUGGCUUCUGCCUCACACAAGUAGACUUUAGAUAUUUUCAUUGUCCUUUACAGCAUAUUUUGUAGUUUUGUUUUUAAAACAUGUUAAUCUUGACUCUUUCUCUGAGUUUAACUUUUAAAAAAAGAAAAAAAGCAAAGUAUUUUUUGAAUACAUGGAUGCCAUGAUGGAAGGGAAAAUGCAAUUCUUGCUGUGUACUGGCUGGCAAAAGGAAAAAUUUCUACAUGAAGAACUAUCCACAGCCAAGGCUGACUAGAGUAUUUCAAUAUUUCUAUGUAAUUCUGAGUGAUUGUGAAAUUUAAGGCUGCUAAAUGUUUUGAUGCUUGUUUUGCUCUUGUACAACGUGGCCCAACUAAAUGCCAGGAAGUAUAUUGAACUUUUACUAUUACUCUGUAAUAUAUGUGUGAAUAUUGAAAAUUAAUUUUUGCUUUAAUUCAAUAAAGUUUAAAUGGGACUUUUA